UACGUUCCAGGCAAAAUGGCGGCCUCAAGCAGCAAAUCUGUCCUGUUUGUCUGUCUGGGGAACAUUUGCAGGUCCCCCAUUGCGGAGGCUGUCUUCAGGAAGAUGGCAACCGAUGCAGGCGUCGUUGACAAGUGGAGGAUAGACAGUGCCGCCACGUCGACCUAUGAGAUAGGAAACCCGCCCGACCAUCGCGGUCUAGCCUGCAUGAAGAGGCACGACGUGCCCAUGAGACACGUGGCUCGGCAGGUGACGAAUGAUGACUUUAUGAACUUUGAAUUUAUUCUCUGCAUGGAUGAGAGCAAUAUGAGCGACUUGAAACGUAAAGGCAACGCGGUGAAGAAUCAGCGGGCAAAAAUCGAACUGCUCGGUACAUAUGAUCCGCAGAAGCAGCUGAUCAUCAAAGAUCCCUAUUAUGAUGACACUCCUCAUUCCCUUUUUUCGUCUGCAGGGAAGCGAUGAAGACUUUGAAAAGGUGUACGAGCAGUGUCAACGAUGCUGCGAGGCGUUUCUUGAGUCGAACUCGUAGCGUUGUCGCUCGCCAGAUGGCCGUCGUCAAGGCAUUCUUUGGCCACAUCGUUUUGGAGGAAAAAACUGCCAGAACGCGAACAGGUUUUUGUGUUUUCACUCAUUCUGACCACAUUGUUGACUUCAACAACAAUGCCUGUGUUGAAAUAAACCAUUACAACUCA